AUGGAUAUUCAAACCUUGUUAAACAACCUUCAUGAAGAGGUGUCAUGUUCUGUGUGUAUGUCCAAGUCCGGGGUCCAAGUACACCGAUCCAAAACAGUUGCCGUGCUUGCAUAGUUUCUGCCUUCAUUGUCUGAAUAGGAUUCAACGAACGAGUGGCAGACGAGAUAAAAUUCCGUGCCCGGAGUGCAGACAGGAAUUCAAGAUCCCUGAUAAUGGAAACCUAGCAGCUUUGCCAACAAACUUUCGUAUUAACAGCUUGCUCGACGUAUUAGCUAUUAAAGAGUGCAACACGACCGGAGUUAAGUGUGGAAAUUGCGACAAACGUAGCAAAGAAAGCCAUUAUUGUUUCCAGUGUUGUGCGUUCUGGUGCGGAGAGUGCAUCACUUUCCACAAUGGGAUGAAAGCCAAUAAAGAUCACUAUGCACUGGCGUUGGGCUUACUGUAG